UUUGCCUGGGCUGGUCUAGAACCGCGAUCUUCCUGAUCUCUGCCUCCGAAGCUAGGAUUACAGGCGGGAGCCACCGGCGCCCAGCCACUACGGAUUUAAAUGUCAACGUUUCAUACUAAAUUCCCCAUGUGCUGGUAACGUAUUCCCAGAAACUGCCUCUAGUACUUUGAGAAUUAAGCACUGUCCUGAUCUGUUUUAACACUAGAGUUAAUUCCUCCCCACUUUAUGCUCAUUCUGAUGGCUGUAUACUAGUCCACCACACGUAGGUACCAUCCAUUUUUUUAACCAAUGCCUUAUAAUUUUGGAUAGUUUCUCGUUAUUCAAUAGUAUACUGCUUUAAAAAUGAGAAUUACGGGAGAAUUGACAAUAAAUCCCGGGAUUACCCGGGAGAUACCUCUGAAGCACACCAGCGGGCGCAGUUUCCCGGUUCGGCCUUGGCCACAUCCGGGUUCCACCGCAGGUUCGGGCCGGGAGCAGGCGGAACCUUUCUGACGCGCCUACAGUUAACAAAAGCAGCGGGGAUAGUUUAGGCCGUCGCGCACCGCUCUCCAGGCGUGCUGCAGUUUGCUUGGAGGUAGUGAAGGUAUGCGAGAAGGUUCUGCCUGCUUCUUCCUUUGUCGUGAGUGGCAUGGAUGUGCUAGCGGAGGAGUUUGGAACCUUGACCCCGGAGCAGCUGGCUGCGCCGAUCCCGACAGUGGAGGACAAGUGGAGGUUGCUUCCAGCAUUUUUAAAGGUGAAAGGCCUUGUGAAACAGCAUAUAGACUCAUUUAACUAUUUCAUUAAUGUAGAGAUAAAGAAGAUAAUGAAAGCCAAUGAAAAGGUCACGAGUGAUGCCGACCCCAUGUGGUACUUAAAAUAUCUUAAUAUCUAUGUGGGGCUUCCUGAUGUUGAAGAAAGCUUCAAUGUGACUAGACCAGUGUCCCCUCAUGAGUGCCGUCUGAGGGACAUGACUUAUUCUGCCCCCAUCACAGUGGACAUUGAAUAUACCCGAGGUAGCCAGAGGAUCAUUCGCAACGCCUUACCCAUUGGCAGAAUGCCUAUUAUGCUACGAAGUUCCAACUGUGUUCUGACAGGAAAGACACCGGCGGAAUUUGCCAAACUGAAUGAAUGUCCUUUGGACCCAGGUGGCUACUUCAUUGUUAAAGGAGUUGAAAAAGUUAUUCUUAUCCAAGAGCAGCUGUCUAAGAACAGGAUCAUUGUAGAGGCGGACAGGAAGGGGGCCGUCGGAGCAUCGGUUACCAGCUCUACUCAUGAGAAAAAAAGUAGAACCAACAUGGCUGUUAAACAAGGCCGAUUUUAUCUGAGGCAUAACACUUUGUCUGAAGACAUACCCAUCGUCAUCAUAUUCAAGGCCAUGGGUGUUGAGAGUGACCAGGAAAUUGUGCAGAUGAUUGGAACAGAGGAGCACGUGAUGGCUGCAUUUGGGCCCAGUCUGGAGGAGUGCCAGAAAGCUCAGAUUUUCACACAGAUGCAGGCAUUAAAAUAUAUAGGCAAUAAAGUAAGAAGGCAAAGGAUGUGGGGAGGUGGACCAAAGAAAACCAAAAUAGAAGAGGCAAGAGAGCUCCUGGCUUCUACCAUUCUGACCCAUGUACCGGUUAAGGAAUUCAAUUUCCGAGCUAAAUGUAUCUAUACAGCCGUGAUGGUGCGAAGAGUAAUUCUGGCCCAAGGAGAUAAUAAAGUUGAUGACAGAGAUUAUUACGGUAACAAGAGGUUGGAAUUGGCAGGACAGCUUUUAUCUCUUCUUUUCGAAGAUUUGUUCAAAAAAUUUAAUUCUGAGAUGAAGAAGAUUGCAGACCAGGUGAUUCCCAAGCAGAGGGCAGCCCAGUUUGACGUUGUGAAACACAUGCGCCAGGACCAGAUUACCAAUGGCAUGGUGAAUGCCAUUUCCACUGGAAAUUGGUCUCUAAAGAGAUUUAAAAUGGACCGCCAGGGAGUGACCCAGGUGCUAUCUCGCUUAUCAUACAUAUCUGCACUGGGCAUGAUGACAAGAAUCUCUUCCCAGUUUGAAAAAACAAGAAAAGUGAGUGGUCCUCGCUCCCUCCAGCCAUCUCAGUGGGGAAUGCUCUGUCCUUCGGACACGCCUGAGGGAGAGGCUUGUGGUUUGGUUAAAAACUUGGCACUUAUGACACAUAUCACAACUGACAUGGAAGAUGGACCCAUUGUUAAGUUAGCCAGUAACUUGGGAGUAGAAGAUGUGAAUUUAUUAUGUGGGGAAGAGCUUUCUUACCCAAAUGUGUUUCUCGUCUUUCUCAAUGGUAACAUUCUGGGUGUCAUUCGUGACCAUAAAAAGCUAGUGAAUACAUUUCGACUGAUGCGACGAGCAGGAUACGUCAAUGAAUUUGUUUCCAUUUCAACAAAUCUCACAGAUCGAUGUGUAUAUAUUUCCUCCGAUGGAGGAAGGCUAUGCAGGCCUUACAUAAUUGUUAAGAAACAGAAGCCAGCAGUCACUAAUAAGCAUAUGGAAGAGCUGGCUCAGGGGUACAGGAAUUUUGAAGAUUUCUUACAUGAAAGUCUAGUUGAAUAUUUAGAUGUGAAUGAAGAAAAUGAUUGUAAUAUUGCACUUUACGAACAUACAAUUAAUAAAGAUACCACGCACUUGGAGAUCGAACCCUUCACUCUUCUCGGUGUCUGUGCUGGCCUGAUCCCAUACCCUCAUCAUAACCAGUCUCCAAGAAACACCUACCAGUGUGCCAUGGGCAAACAAGCCAUGGGUACCAUUGGAUACAACCAGCGAAACAGAAUUGAUACUCUCAUGUAUCUACUAGCCUACCCACAAAAACCCAUGGUUAAAACAAAAACCAUUGAGUUGAUUGAGUUUGAGAAGUUGCCAGCUGGACAGAAUGCGACUGUGGCUGUGAUGAGUUACAGUGGCUAUGAUAUUGAAGACGCUCUUGUUUUAAACAAGGCCUCCUUGGACAGAGGCUUUGGCCGUUGCCUUGUAUAUAAAAAUGCUAAAUGUACACUGAAACGAUACACCAAUCAGACUUUCGAUAAAGUGAUGGGGCCCGUGUUGGAUGCCGCUACGAGGAAACCCAUCUGGCGACAUGAAAUUUUAGAUGCUGAUGGUAUUUGUUCUCCAGGUGAGAAAGUAGAAAACAAACAAGUGCUGGUAAACAAGUCCAUGCCCACAGUGACUCAGAUUCCCUUGGAAGGAAGUAAUGUACCACAGCAACCACAGUAUAAAGAUGUGCCCGUAACUUACAAAGGAGCAACAGAUUCCUAUAUCGAGAAGGUGAUGAUAUCUUCCAAUGCUGAGGAUGCCUUCCUGAUUAAAAUGCUCCUGAGGCAGACACGGAGGCCAGAGAUCGGGGACAAGUUCAGCAGUCGUCAUGGGCAAAAAGGUGUCUGUGGCUUGAUCGUCCCCCAGGAAGAUAUGCCAUUCUGUGAUUCUGGCAUCUGUCCGGACAUCAUAAUGAACCCACAUGGCUUCCCCUCGAGAAUGACGGUGGGAAAGCUAAUUGAGCUGCUGGCUGGCAAGGCAGGUGUGUUAGACGGCAGGUUCCACUAUGGCACCGCAUUUGGAGGAAGUAAAGUGAAAGAUGUGUGUGAGGACCUCGUUCGCCAUGGUUAUAACUACUUGGGGAAAGACUAUGUCACAUCAGGCAUUACAGGUGAGCCUUUAGAAGCCUACAUCUAUUUUGGCCCCGUGUACUAUCAGAAACUGAAACACAUGGUGCUGGAUAAAAUGCAUGCCCGGGCCCGGGGACCACGAGCUGUCCUUACCAGGCAACCCACUGAAGGGCGAUCUCGUGAUGGUGGCUUACGUCUUGGGGAAAUGGAACGUGACUGUUUAAUCGGGUAUGGAGCUAGUAUGCUGUUGUUGGAGAGACUAAUGAUCUCAAGUGAUGCCUUUGAAGUUGAUGUCUGUGGGCAGUGUGGACUUCUGGGGUAUUCUGGCUGGUGCCACUACUGUAAGUCCUCGUGCCAUGUGUCCUCCCUCCGCAUUCCCUACGCCUGCAAGCUACUCUUCCAGGAGCUGCAGUCCAUGAACAUUAUCCCCAGGCUAAAACUGUCCAAGUACAAUGAGUGAGGAACGCACAGAAGACCGGGUGACCAGGCAGUGCAGCGGGAUGCUGAAGGGAUUGAAGACCCUUUCUACUCCUGUGAAUGACUUCUGGGAUUAUUUUAUCUCAAAAACAAAACAAAACUGAUAGAGAAGCUUUUUGUGUUCAGAAGACUAAUUGGACAACUUGAUCAGUGAGCCUUGGACCAUGGAGAGAUGCCAACAACACGGAAUGGACCACAGGACAUGACUUAGAGAAUAAAUCUUUCUUUAUGCUCUGAUAUCUUGAAGUUUACCUAUUAGAAAGGCCUCCCUCCAUAAGAGAGCGCUUGGGUUUAAAUUCCCCAUGGUAUCUUCAGGUUAACAAAAGCCCAGAUUCUCUUGAGACUUGUGAAUGUAAACCAUCGCUCGAAUUGGUUGGCGUGGCAUUUGUUGGGGUGGCUGGUCCUGAGUGGUGUGUGGAGGAAUGAGGACUGCGUGAAGCUGACAUGGCAGCAGAUGAAGCAGUGGCUUUCAUGUCUGGCCCUGUGAGGGGACACAUUUUCCCAACAAUUAAAUCUUGCCUUUAUACAC